AUGGCCAUUACACGAGAAAACCCCCGAAUCAAAGUUCACGUCGAAUGCAACGGGGCACGACUACAAGAGUUUGACGAGGACGAUGGCAAUACAACCACCACUACUGUCACCAAAUACGUCGAAGCAAAAUCUGGCGCGGAAUUUGCAGUCCAAGUUGAAGUCCAUCAACCAUUCCCUCGCUACGCUAUGAUUGUCAAGCUCUACAUAGACGGCAACUCCGUUCGUUCGCGCAUCAUCGGCGAUCACCAAUAUCAGAGUGCAAAAGGGAGCGUGAAGCGGGUGUUCAACACUACUGUUACAAAGAUUGCGGACGGACAACGCACAUUGCAAAAGUUUUGCUUCUCCGAGCUUCAGAUUGAAGAAUCAUAUGAUUAUAAUCUAGGAGAUGGUCUCAUCAAGGACCUGAAAUCAAUUGGUGUCAUCACCCUCAAAGCUUAUUACAUUGAGAAUCUCCGAGAAGUGCGCUCCAACAGGAAAUAUAUCGAAAAGAAGCAAACUGGUGUCGGUCCAAUCCCAGAAAAGGCAUUGAAAGGGCAGGCUUUAACACACUGGGCAGGGCUAGGCACGGAAGUCAAAGAGCCCUAUAUAAGCUCGAGCCACACAGACUUCGAUUAUGUCAAUCUACAGCGACUACCCUUUGCCAUCUUCAACUUUAAGUACCGCUCGAGAGCUGCCCUUCAGUCGCUACUCGUCAUCCCGCGGAGCCCGUCUCCUCAACUCACUCAAGCCAAAGACAACGAGACGCAUCUGGUCAACGCACCAGGGUCGAAACAGAACAGUCUCCUGACAAAAGUAAAGAAAGAACCAGGUCUCAAACGCAAGUACCCGAUUAUCCUUGGAGGUAGCGAGGAGGACGGUGAGGUAUCAUUCGUAUCUGCAGCAAAGCGCCCACGACCCAACAUCACCAUCAACGAGAAUGGAUGCGAGAUUAUCGAUCUUACGUAG